GACCAACAAUGUUGGCUGAAAUUGAAAGUUUGCUUUUGAUGAGAUCAAACAAAAACUCUCCGGGUUCGAGACCUAUGAUGGCUAGCUAGCUAAACACCAGCUUUUGGGAAGUUACUGGCGAACUAUCGUUACUAGUUAACGUUAUCCAUCCGUCUUGAAACCACAUCAUUCUGCUAACUUAACGUUACGAUUUACAAUGCUAGCUGGCAUCAUGAUUCUCCUGGUCUUAAUAAUGCUGGUCCUGCCCUCCUUCAGUGUGGAAGACGAGGAGGUGAGGCCCGCGUCCAAGGACCACGAGUGCGUGUGCGAGGGCCGCACGUGCGUGAGCGGCGACCGCUGCCUGGGCCAUCAGUGCUUCUCCUCGCUGACGCUCAGCGACGGGGCCCCGGUCUACCAGAAGGGCUGCUUCAGGGUGUACGAGCAGGGCCGCAUGACCUGCCGGACCCCCCCGUCACCCGACCAGAUCGUGGAGUGCUGCCAGGGCCACCUGUGCAACCUCAACGUCACCGUGGAGCUGCCCGUCCAAGAGCGGUCAGCAGGCGCGGGUCCCGGCUACAGCGUGACCACCCUGGCCGUGGUGAUCGUGGCCCCCGUCGUCGUCCUGGUGCUCCUCUCGGGCGUGGCCGCCCUGGUGUUCCAGCGCAUCCACCGGAACCAGAUGGAGAGGCUGACGGCGCGGGACGCCGAGUACGGCACCAUCGACGGCCUCAUCGCCUCCAACGUCGGCGACAGCACGCUGGCGGAUUUGCUGGAUCACUCUUGCACUUCAGGAAGUGGCUCUGGGCUCCCAUUUCUUGUACAGAGGACUGUCGCUAGGCAGAUCACACUCAACGAGUGUGUGGGAAAAGGACGCUACGGGGAGGUGUGGAGGGGACAGUGGCAGGGCGAGAACGUGGCGGUGAAGAUCUUCUCCUCCCGGGAUGAGAAGUCCUGGUUCCGAGAGACCGAAAUCUACAACACGGUGCUGCUUAGGCAUGAAAAUAUACUGGGCUUCAUCGCGUCGGACAUGACGUCGCGGAACUCCAGCACGCAGCUGUGGCUGAUCACGCACUUCCACGAGAUGGGCUCCCUGUAUGACUACCUGCAGCAGAGCACCGUGGACGCGGCCGGCUGCCUGCGGAUGGCGCUGUCCAUCGCCAGCGGCCUGGCCCACCUCCACGUGGAGAUCUUCGGCACGCAGGGGAAGCCCGCCAUCGCCCACAGAGACCUCAAGAGCAAGAACAUCCUGGUCAACAAGAACGUCCAGUGCUGCAUCGCCGACUUGGGGCUGGCUGUGAUGCAUUUUCAAGACACCAACGAGUUGGACGUGGGGAACAACCCAAAAGUGGGCACCAAGCGCUACAUGGCUCCCGAGGUUCUGGACGACUCUAUCCAGAUGGACUGCUUUGAGUCCUACAAGAGGGUGGACAUCUGGGCCUUCGGGCUGGUGCUGUGGGAGAUCGCCAGGAGGACCGUUAGCAAUGGAAUUGUGGAGGACUACAAGCCCCCCUUCCAUGACAUGGUGCCCAGUGACCCCAGCUUUGAGGACAUGAGGAAGGUGGUGUGUGUUGACCAGCAGAGGCCCAAUAUCCCUAACAGAUGGUUCUCAGACCCUACUCUAACAUCGAUUGCCAAACUUAUGAAAGAGUGUUGGUACCAGAAUCCAUCCGCCAGACUGACUGCAUUACGCAUCAGAAAGACGCUGACAAAAAUCGACAACUCUCUUGACAAAAUUAAAGCGGACUGUUGAACUGUUCCAAAGGGAAACUUAAAGGCCUUUAAGAAGUCCAGGACGGUUUUCCUGGCAAAGACAGAAGGAACUUGUCAGGCAUAGUGCUCUUAUAGUUGCACAAAGUAUUUAUUUUAAACAGCCCUUGGGAUGUCCAAAGAUUGCUCAGUGCUUAUUUUAAACUGUUCAUCAUCAGAUCUUAGGUAAUUAUCUAUGAAUUCAUAGGAAUUUUGGGAAAUUGAUGUUAUUAGUUUAGUCAAGCAGUUGUUUUUGACUGUUGUCAUUGUGUCAUUGACAAAAAUAUAUUUCCUUUUGUAAUAUCGUGCCUUUUUUUGCUGCACUAAGCAUUUCUUGCAUAGGAUGUGCUAUGGGGGGCUCUCCAUAAACCAGUUUUUUUAAAUUAGUAUUCUUUAAAAAAAAAAAAAAAUCAAAACCAUGUUUUGUUCACACUAACACCAUGUCUUAUAUUUAUUGAGAAAAGGAGUAUUCCACUCGGCAGAUCACUUGCACUGGUGUUUAUCAUCCUUUUGGGGGAAUGAAAUUUUUUCUUAAAAACUGUAACCUGUUUAACAUGCUGAUGAGUUGUUAACUACUGCUGAAGAUAAUGGUACCCUUUCUUGAGACAGUUUGUAUGACACUACCCGUGCUGUUUAACUCCAGGUCGUACAGGCUGCAGUGUCUGCAGACAUUUGCUUCAAUCAUGCACUACACCACCUGAUUUCACUCAUUUAACCUCCUUGGUUCAGGAAGUAAACUCAUGAGGAAAAUCAGUUGAUGUAAUGUAUGGUUGGAGAAAAUGCCUGCAAACUCUGCUGCCCAUAUGACCUGGAGUUGAGUAGCCCUGCUCUACACUAUUGCUUUAUCAAUCUGUGUUACUGUUUUGUUUGUUACACAAGCUUUAUUGAGUACAGAUGCUAAAAAAGUGAAUAAACAUUUACUAGAAGAGACAGAUUCACAAUUUUCUACAGGAGUGGAAGUCAUGCCUGUAAAGUUGUAAUGUCUUCACACUAAAUACGUGUAUUGUAAAGUCAAACCAUUUUGGUUUAAUCAAUAUUUUAUAUUAAGUAGUUAUUUCUAUUGAUUAAAUAGAAAAAUGCAAAGCUA